AUGGAGGAGGCGGAGAGGCAGCGACUGGAAGCAUGCGCAAGCGAGAUGGUGAAGGCAAUUGAGACGGGCUUCCCCACCGAUGUUGAGGGCAUCGACAAGCUCAAGAAACGAGUGGGCGCGGAGUUGGAGUUCCUGCAAGGGUUGCGAGGUGCUUUCGAUGACAGCAGCAGCAGCAGCAGCAGCAGCAGCAGCCAAGACGGCGACCUGUGCCAACUUCAGCAACACGAAACGGAAGCAAAGAACGAGGGGAAGAAGAAUGAGGAAGAGCAACGGCGGACACAGCGACGACAACUGGCAGCAGCAAAGCUGGCAAGCACAAACUUGCCGCACUUGCAACAGAUUGUCGCAUACGUCCAAGACCAUCGCGACGCCGUGACUGCCGUUUUUCACAAGGUCCGCGUCAGGUCAAGGAAUGGCGUUCUUGGAGGCGUUGUGGACAUUGUUGCCGACGGAGGGCGCUCUUGGUUCAAAGUCACUGCGCGGAAGGCCAUUGCACUUCAGCUGAUAUGGGAGGGCCGUGCAAGCUUCAAGAAGAAAAGCAUCGUGGAUCAAAUCAUGGUAGCAAAGAUGUGGUGA